UCUAAGCACCAGAACAAGAGUAUUCUGGCUGUGGAGAAGAAAUUAACUGAUGACAGAGAAAGAAUAGAAAUAGUGUGGAUUUUUAAAAGAGAGGCUAAAGCGAAAACUUGCUAUGGAAAUUCUUCCCUUAAACCCACAAAAAUCCGGUUUCAUAUAAAUAUUUUUGCACCUCCCUUGACAGUUUUAUAUGCCUAUGAUGGAAAUCGGUGGCUGUAGAGAUCUUUGAGACGUAAUCGGAAGUUGGGUGUGUCACCUAUAAACUGCACUGAUACCUAGCUUUAUUUCCUCAGCAGCUUGCACUGCAACGUUCUUCCUUGGUUAUAUCCACCACUUUCAAUCAAUUGACCAUUCUGGAUUUAGGCGUGGUGAAGCGUGGAGCGGCUUGGAUAAUGGGGAAUGCAGCCGGAAGCCUGGAUAUGUUCCAGGUCCGGGACACAAGGACUCAGCAAACAUCUGAGACACCUCCCCAAAAACACAGAGAGGGGGCACCGCCAAAACUGCCCAGGCCAAAGUCUGAAGAUUUGGAGGAGCGAUUCAAUGUGGUUUUGAAUGCCAUGAAUCUGCCCCCAGAUAAGGAACAUGUUCUUCGUCAAUAUGACCAGGAUAAGAAAUGGGAGUUAGUGUGUGACCAGGAACGUUUCCAGGUGAAGAACCCUCCAGCUGCAUAUACUCAGAAAUUGAGGAGCUAUGUGGAUAUUAUGGGGAUCGGCCGAAAGUUCAAGAGACGGGUCAAUGAAUCAACUCAGGUCCUGAGAGAGCUUGAGAUCUCCCUAAGAACAAACCACAUUGGAUGGGUAGAGGAGUUCCUUAGCCCUGAAGUUGAUGGCCUUGAGGUGCUGGUGGAUUAUCUGUCGUUUGCUCGGGGGAGCUCAUUUGUAUUUGAUUUGGAAAACUCUGAUAAUGGGCCUGUGGAAAAGUCAAAAUCUCUGCAGAGGUCACUGGAGGAUAUUAACAAAAGCAAUGCACCCUCUUCUCCUACAAACACCCCAUCUAGGAUACGGAACCUUACAACCAGAUACAUUUACAACAGGGCCACAAUGAGAAAUUCCCGAUGUGCAAACCUGAAGGAUGAUGUACACGUAUGCAUCAUGUGUCUGCGAGCAAUCAUGAACUAUCAGUCAGGGUUCAGCAUGGUUAUGUCUCAUCCCUCCUGUGUCAAUCACAUCACCCUGAGCCUCACCAACAAUAACCCACGCACAAAGGCCCUGGUUCUGGAGCUAUUGGCUGCUGUGUGCCUAGUUCGGGGAGGACACGAGAUCAUACUAUCUGCUUUCAACUAUUUCAGGGAGGUCUGUACAGAAAACUUCAGGUUUGAGAAGUUGAUGGAAUAUUUCCGCACUGAGGAUUCUAACAUUGACUUCAUGGUGGCCUGCAUGCAGUUUAUAAAUAUUGUGGUUCAUUCUGUGAAGAACAUGAAUUUUCGGGUUUUCCUGCAGUAUGAAUUCACUCUUCUUGGACUAGAUGAGUAUUUGGAGACUCUAAAGCAUACAGAAAGUGAGCGGCUCCUGGUGCAGAUCCAAGCAUAUCUUGAUAAUAAAUUUGAUGUGAAUGGUCUCCUAGAGGAAACAGAAACAAAGAAUGAGAUGGUGGAGCAUGUGGAGGACUUGCAGACACAUCUGGUUCAUCUCACAGAAAAGCUCCAGCAAACGGAAAAUGAAUACAUGAGGAAAGUGGCUGAGCUAGAGAAACAACUGGACCAAACACGCCAAGAGCUGACAGCAGCAAAGAGCACACUUCCACCACCUAUAACUCAGCAGGUUGCACGCAGCAAAGAGUCUACAGGUCAUCAAGGAAUUUGGAUGGAGCCUGCAGGGGACACAAGUACAGAUUAUUCGUCAGUGAUCAGAGUCAGCCAGGAGACACAGACUGCCUCCAGCACAGAUGACUUACCUAGCAAAUUGGACUCCUCUAUAUCAAUUAAGCCAGAGGUAACUAGGAGUCCAGCUUCACUAUCUGGACCAGAAGUUAAAACAACCCUUCAUGCACUUCAAAAGCCAAGUUCAGAGGUCUACACUAUCCCUUUACCACCACCACUACCAGGAUUAGAACUCACCACUACUAUUUCAGUUCCUUCUCCUGUAAAAGGAACUGGGACUGGUGUCCUUGACUGUUUGCUAACUUCACCUGCUGGGACAUCUAGUGGGCCCCCACCUCCUCCACCUCUUCCUGAUCUUGCAGGUGUACCUAUUGCCCCACCUCCCCCACCACCACCAUUUGGAUCAGAUGGAAGCUCUCCUCCAGGAGUACCACCUCCUCCUCCACCUCCUCCUGGAACACCUGGAGUACCACCUCCUCCACCUCCCCCUGGUGGGCCACCUCCACCUCCUCUUCCUUCUGGUGGCUCUGUGGUUCCACCACCUCCUCCGGGAGGUCUAUCAGGAACAACUUCAAACACAGGUGUUGGGAUUAAGAAACCAAUCCAGACAAAGAUGAGAAUGCAAGUUCUCAACUGGGUUGCCUUGAAACCCACACAAAUCAACGGAACAGUCUUCACAAAGCUAAAUGAUGAGAAGGUCUUGCAGGAGCUGGAUAUGAGUGAGUUUGAGGAGCAAUUUAAAACCAAGGCACAAGGUCCAAGUCAAACAACAUUCUCAAAGAGAGUGAAGGCCGCUCAGAAUCAGACAAGCAAGGUUUCCCUAAUAGAAGCAAACCGAGCAAAGAACUUGGCUAUCACCCUGCGUAAAGGAGGCCUGAAUCCAGAGGCUAUCAUCAGUGCCAUACAGAUGUAUGACUUAAAGUCCUUGAGUCUGGACUUUCUUGAACUCCUGGCACGUUUCUUGCCCACAGACUGGGAGCGACAACAAAUCUCUAGGUACUUGCGGGAGGAGAAGCCUCUAGAUGAUUUGACCCCUGAGGACAGGUUCAUGGUCCAGCUUUGCUCCAUUUCUAGGUUAUCUGAGAGGGUCAAUACUAUGACCUUUAUAUCGAGCUUUCCUGACACAGUAGCACGACUUACACCGCAACUUAAUGCUCUGAUCGCUGCUUCAAUGUCAGUCAAGUCCUGUGAAAAACUUCAGGGAAUUCUAGAGUUGGUUCUGGCGUUUGGAAAUUACAUGAACAGCAGCAAAAGAGGAGCAGCCUAUGGGUUCCGUCUGCAGUCUCUUGAUGUACUAUUGGAGACCAAGUCUUCUGACCGCAAACAGACUCUUCUGCAUUAUCUGGUUCGUGUGAUUAAAGAACGAUACCCCCAGUUGGUCUCUUUCUAUACUGAGAUACACUUUCUUGACAAGGCUGCCACAGUGUCUCUAGAUGCUGUGCUGUCUGAUGUGCGCUCCCUGCAAGUUGGGAUGGAACUAGCCCAGAAAGAGUUUACAAAACAGGAUGACAGCCAGGUUUUGAAGGAUUUUAUCAAAUCCAACAUGGAUAUCAUGACACAACUAGCAGGCGAUGCCAAAACAGCUCAGGAAGCCUAUGAGACUGUUGUGGAGUAUUUUGGUGAAAAUAGCAAAACUACUCCUCCCUCUAACUUUUUCCCCAUCUUCCUGCGCUUUGUGAGAGCAUACAAGAAAGCUGAGCAGGACUUGGAACUCUGGAAGAAACAGGAGGAUGCAGUCAAUGAGGAGAAAGCGGAGACACCAGGACAGCAAUCUACUCAGUCCCCACCAACAAAAGUAAUACGACCACAGGUCAAUCUCAUGGCUGAACUAAACAAGAAAUUUCAGUCAAAAGAACCACGUGUGUAUGAAGAAAACUGGGCCAUAGAGGAUAUUAUAACAGAUCUAAGGAAUCAGCCAUACAGGAGAACAGAUAUGGGUCGGCGAAGCGCCAAGAAGCCACCCAGCGGGCAGACAGUAACCAUGAGUGAUACCCCUGUUUGAAAGAAGUCAGCUAUAGAGAACUUCCAUUGCAAAUAGACGGAGAAGAAACUGUACGAACAAUCACUGUUUUGAGAGGAAAAGGGUUGAAUUUGAAGAAAACAUUAAAAUGAAUCUCUGUUGGUAACAUGACAAAAAGAUUAAAUUCAACCUCCAAUAGACAUAAUUCAAUGGUUACUGCAAUUUGACACAAUAUAUAUAUAUUAUAUAUUAUUUUUAUAAAUACUCUAGUUAUUGAAGUUAGCUGUAGUUCAUCAGUGUUGUUAGGAUUAGGAGGACUGUAACAAUAUCCACUGCUCUGUGCAAUAAUUGUAAAUGUAAAGGAUUGUAAAAUCUUGAGAUAGAUGGGAUUAGGGAUGGCCAGUAACUGAAAUAAUAUCAGUAUUAAUUUAGAAUAUAAUGUAAAUGUACAGCAAUAUAAUUAUGUAAAUUAGAUACCGGUACAGCUUGUACACUGACACAAGGAUUGUACAAAAACUGGUGCAGCCCAAGACAACACAAGGAUCCAUUUCAUUUAGUGAUCACAUGCAAGUAAAGAUCAUGGUUCCUCUUUACAGAUCAAAUAUCCUUGUUUCCCAUGAUGCACUGGACUCUUACCUACACAAACACAAAACAUUUGGAAAUACUAUUUUAUUUUGAUACAAAUUUAUAUAUCAGUUAAGCAAAAAUACUUUUUAAAGUUGCUUUUUUAACACUUUGUAUUUCACAGCUAAUAAAAUAAAUAAUAUGAAGAAAAUAA